CGUGAACAGAGCAGAGGACGGCAGCAGCAAUGGCUUCUUCUCAGAGUAAAGAACUUGUGGAAAUUAGAAGCUUUGGUACACCUCUUGGAUAUUUCAAGGAAAAGGAAUUCUUAUCAGUAGAAGAUAUCUACCACAGCCUUCCGGAGAGAAGCAUCAAUAAGGCUGGAGUAACUAUGAGAAGCAAUAUUCUGCAAACCCGCUCGGAUGCAUUCCUUCAUCUUCCAGUAGAGUUCUCCAUCAGUGGUCUUCAGCACUGCACCACCAUGGACUCCACCAGGAAGAUUCUGGAGUCACAAUCCUUUAUAGGAAGAGAACACGAAAGAGAAGAACUCAAAGACCUCUUCUUCUGGUCUGUGAAUGUUCCUUCCACUGAUAUAGAGAAGGCUCAAGAAGAAGCUUACACUCAUGUCCAAGAACACAUUCCACCACAAGAGGCAAAAAAAUACAAAGAAGAAAUAACUAAACAAUUUGCCAACUCUCCGGCAUUUAAUCAAGCUUCUCGGUAUGGAAACUUCCGCUUCUCCUACCAGUUCUCUGACCUCCUUUCUCUAUAUGAGGCUCAAUUUUGUGAAGGUAAAAAGCCACAGCUCAGCAUUCUGGGCACAGAUGUCUACAAGCAGGAGAUUGCUCAUUAUGUGGUCGUCCACUGUCCUGAUAGCACCCGAUUUAAAGACCACCCAAGGGUUCCCAGGCUCCAAACCAGAUGUGAACCUCUACCAAAUGUCUUCUUAGUGGAUGACACCUUGUAUUGGAGACCUGAAUCCACUUCUAAUGCUCUGAAAGUGAGAACUAAGGAUGGUCACAUUACAGCCUGCAACCAACCAGAACCUUGUAAAUCAUUUGAGAACUCAGGACACUGCUUCCAUUACGAUCGAUGUGCCUGGAACCACCUGGUGAUUGCUUUCCAUAUUCCUCAGGGGGAUGCAUUAAAAAUCCCCGUAGAAAAUCUCAUUAAACACCUAUCCGCCUGUUCAGCUCUAGAUCCUUUUAUGAAAGAAAAUUCAAGAAUGAAAAGAGGUGAAGCUGAAAAACAAUUCAAGGACUUUCAGCAGCAGUAUCUGGGAAGAAGCCAAGAACUCCGACCAAAAGUAAAUUACAGUCAUGGAGACCAGUUUGGCAAACAUUCUGACCGGACGCCUCAUACUGAGACAAAUAUACAUUUAGAGGGAAAAAAACGAAGAAGAGAAGCUGAAUCUAAUGAAAAGCUGCAUGACUGCAGAGCCCCCACCAUGGAAAAUGUAGAGAAUACCACAAGUAAGAUAAAUAACUCCACGUUACAAAGUGAACAGUUCUUUCAGUCUAUGUUGGACUGUCAAAAACAGCUGAUAACGUCUAUUGAAAAUGUUGGAAAAAAUCUAUCAGAAGGUUUCCACAGUCUUUGCCAGGAACUAAGAAAUGUGACCGGUGCAAUUACUUCUUUCCAGAUGGACAUAUCAAGACGAGAACAUCGUCCUCCAUCAUCUAUAGAAACAAAGGUUGGACGAAAGACAUUCACCUCGAGUCCAUCUUCAUCAUUGCGAUCGGAUGAUCUUACAACCACUUCAAGGGUUGUGGUGGAUGGUCCUGAAGUGUACAGUUCACAGGUUUAUGGGGAGCAGAAGUCCUUAUUGAACGAAGAUAGUUUAGAGACUCAAAUGGAUGGUGGGAAACCUGAAGAAGGAGAAGAAGUCAGAGAGCAGCCGUCCGCACAUGUCCGGGUGAAGCAGGAGAGGAACGGAGGCUCAGUAACUGGAAAGCAUGCUGCUGAAAGAGGAGACCCUCAUGAACUUGAAGAAAGUUCUGAACAAUAUGGUCCACCAUUAAAGAAAAAAAAUGUUGAUUUUGGUUUACCUGAAUGAUUUCCGAAGAGAAGAUGACUUUCAGUCCGUGACAUCAUUAGAACAUCCAGAUCCCAGAAACAUCUUCGUAUUUGAUUGACGACAUAAAGUGAAGUUUUGGCCGGGGACAUCAUGACUUCUCCUCUCCUGUCCUCACAGAUACUUCCUGCCGUCCAGUAGAUGAAUGGAUCACACGUUGCUCACGGCCCCUUGGAUCUUCCCCCGGCUAUUAUUUUACACCGGUGCUGUGCAUGCACAUUUUGACAGAAAUGUUUGCAACUAAUCUAUUCACGCAGUGGAUUUGUGGCAGAAUUUUUGUGUCUGAAUUUAACUUCCAGUUAUCUGAGGUUGCUUCAUCAGAAAUUAACUUUUCAAAAUUAGAAUUUCUCUGAUUUGAAGACAUAUAGUGAUACCUCAUAAAAUAAUUACUACUUAACAUUCCUCAUAUAUCUAUUUUAUGUUUGAAUCAUGUCGGAAAUGUUAUUUUAUUUUUUAGGAUGUUAGAAGGGUUCACAAACCCUUAGCAAAUUCAAAACUCAAUAUCUAUUACCCUUAUUCUGCAGUUUACAGAAACACCUCAUAUGUGAUCGUAAACUGCUGUAUGGGCACACAGCCGGGCGCAGAAGGGAAGGAGCGCAUAGUUUUUGGAAGGCAGAUUUAGUGCAUUUUGUCAAUGUUGCAGUACCUUGAAGUACCCCUACAUUAGAAACCCCCAAAAGUGACCCCAAUUUUGACACUACACCCCAAAGGAAUUUUUCAAGCUGUGUAGUGAGCACUUUUACCCAACAGGUAUUGCAUAGAAUUCAGAAACACUUAGCUGUAAAAAAUGUAUAUCUUAUCAUAUGUAACUUAACGAAAUUCUGUGCUGGUGAGAAAGUGAUAGUGGGUUACACCACCAUCUAGUGGUGGUUUGUUGGUACUGCGUGGAUUUGUCUAUCCAUUGAUCUUAUGUAUGUUUUAUAUUGGAUUUUUACUCAUUUAUAAAUAAAUGAUUACAUAUAUUUUGCAUAA